UUAUGUUAAGAACGAACAUACGAUUCCCAAUGAAUCCGGGUAUAUAAUUGGGGUUUAAUUAAAGGAACGCAACAGAUUAAAACCAGAGAGAAGAAUUAGAAGAAGAAGAAGAAGAAGAAGAAGAAAUUAGGGUUGAAAUUAAUGAGAGAAAUUAGAUGGAGGAUGUUGGAGGAGGAAGAGGUGAAGAAAAUGGGAGGAUUUGUGAGAGGAUCUGACUUUAUAGAGGUCCAAUGCGGCUGCACCAGCAAAAAAUUUGGCGAUUCCACCGGAAAACUUACGGUUUCGGAAGCCGGUCAGUUCCUCAUUUCCUGCUUCUGCUCCGAUCACUGUAACGCCGGGGGGCUGACACCAGAGGAGUUUGAGAAGCAUUCCCAAAGAGAAGGGAUGAAGAAAUGGAAGAGUAACAUUUGGGUAUCAGUUGAAGGACAGAAAGUUCCAUUGUGGAGAACUUGUUUGCUCAAAUACUACAAUCACUCUGCAAAUGUGGCCAACUGGACCUCCGGUGCCCUCCGCCGCCGCAACUUCCACCGUGACGAGUUCAUCCGCUGCUCCAAAUGCGGCAAGGAGCGGCGCUUUCGUCUCCGAACUCGAGACCAAUGCCGGAUCUACCAUGAUGCAAUGGCCCAUCAGAUCACAUGGGAAUGUGCUGAUCGACCCUGUGACAUAAUAACAUGCAACGACGAAAGGGUUCUCGGGGCUGUCCACGAUCAUCAAGGUGUAGAGGCUGCACAUCUUGUGUGUGCUUCGGAUGCCUCUGGUGCCGAUUCUUGGAUUGCCAUUGCCGUGCCUGCAUCGAUUUCGUGCAGAAUGCAGCACCUUGAGCUUUCACCGUAUAUGAAACUUUAUUGAUGGGUUCUGAUGGCUUCAUGGGAGCAUCUGUAGCGAGGGGAAGACAUUACAGAUCCUCACAUUGGGUUGUGACAGUUUUUACAGUUAGCUGACAGCAAAUUCUUUUCUUAACUGUUUGAUCCCGCAGUAACAGUUGAUGAUACUCAUAUUCUUAUGUUUGAUUUCGCAUGGGCAUGAUGUAGAAAAAUGAAAAUGUAUCAUUUUUACUUUUGGUACCGGAUAAUUAACUAAUA